AGCGGCAGCUCGCGCUAACUGGUGUUGACGCAGCAGCUGAGCGGAAAAGGCGGGAGACGACGUUUUGCCGCUUCCGCGCAGACAUCACACACCGAGGCAAAAUGGACGAUAAGUUAAUAUUGGCUGUGUUUAAUUACCCAGAGCUCUACAACGUCACUUUGCCGAAUUACCGCUCCUCUCACAGCAGAGUCAAUGCCUGGAGAAGUAUCGGCAUUGCACUCGGUCUUCCAGCUGAGGAUUGCAAAAGAAAAUGGAAGAACCUGAGAGACAGGUAUCUGAAGGAAGUUCGAACGGAGAUCAAAAGCAAACAUCAAGGAGUAACUUUCCAAAGCCGAUGGAAAUACAGACACCUGAUGAAUUUUAUUGCACCUUUUACCGGUUCCAGAUGUGGACUGUCAGAGAUCUACACCAACGAGGAAGACCACGACAAUCCCGACAAUGAAUCUGGCAGCGUGGAAGGAGAAACCACACCUUCUGAGAUAAUCAAGUCCCCCACUUCCAUCAUGAAGACCCCUCUGAAUCAGCCUGACCCCAAGCCCCACAUAGGCUUUGUGACGCAGCACCCUCACAUGCCCCAAGACACGCAGAUUGCUCCUCUGCCUAUCCUUGGAAAAAUACCGUCAAGCUCACAGGUAAAACCCAUCAGCAAGAUUGGACAAAAACGGCACCUGAUCAAAGAGUCUUUUUUGGUGCCUCCUUCCCAAAGCACAGGAAGCCCCAGCAAGUGGCUGGUCAAAGACAACACCUCCUCGUACCCCAACAGGGCACGGGACGAGGACGAACUGUUUCUGCUGAGCUUUGUCCCUGCUCUGAAGCGGCUUCCUCCACAGAAAAGAUGCGAGACAAAAAUGAAGAUCCAACAGAUUAUGUAUGAAGCAGAGUUCAACGAUGCACAGCCAGAAUACCAAGAAAAACAGACGGAGUCAGAAACACGGGACUAAGCCAGACAGACUUUUUCUAUUUUAUUAUGUUUUCUAAAACCUCAUCCACAACAUGUUGAUCUUUUUUUUUUUUUUUUUUGACAAAAACAUUGUUGAAUCUGAGGUAAUUUCUCUGUGUGAAAUAAUCAGCACUACUGUUCAAACAGGUUAGCUGUCAUUUUUUUCCCCACAUCCAGUAUUUUGUCUUCAUUUUGCAUAUUAUUGACUGCUCAGGAAAAAUUAACCUUAUUUUGAAAGGAGGCACAACAUUAGUAAGAUCCAUAUUUACACAGCAUUACUGUCAAUAUUAUUUUUCUUUACAUGUUUAUAAAAGAACUAGUUCCAUGUUACUUCAACCAACUAUCAGCAUUUUAAUUUUGUCAUUGUAGUGUACAGUAUUUUACAUUUCCAUACAAUAAACAAGAAAAAUAAAACAUUUUAAAACUUGAAUAAGAACACUGUUUCAAGAACUAUUCAUUCAAUGAUUUCUAUGCAAUACCACAUCUUUUAAGACAAUCAAAAAAAUAAAAUCCUUAAAGCUACAGUGUGUAGGAUUUAGGGAUAUUUAAUUACCUGCAACAACAUAUUGGUUUUCAUAAGCUUAGAAUGAGCCCUUCAUGGAGGCUGCCAUGUUUACACAUCAGCCCAAUAAGGACACAUUUCCUCCGCCUUUCAUACUUUGCAGCCUGGCCAGAAGACUGAAAAGAAAUCAGUGGUUGCUCCAUCAUACACUGCCAACUAGUUGCUAGUGCAGGCUAGCAAGUUAAAAAACCCUCAUUUUUGUAAAAUAGAGGAUCAUAUUAUAUAUUGCUUACCACAAGAGAAGGGAGCAUGAAU